AAAAUAUAUAUUAGUUAAAAACAGCUUUUGCUUAAAAUAAAUUUUAAGUUUCGUACUAAUUUCUGGAAAAAACGCAAUUUAAAGAUGUCCUUCGAUUUGAAUCAUAAGUACUGGAUUUCUACUUCUAAAGAAAUCAGUCAAUUGAUAAAAAAACAAAAUCGAUUAAAGAAAAUUGAACCCCCGGAGCAAAAAUCAGUUUCAUUCAAAAUAUUCUCUGAGCUAUAUAUAUUAUAUGUUGAACUUGUCAAUAAAUUAACUUUUAUUUAUUUAAACACAUUUCAAGUGCAAAAAAGAGAUGUGGUCAGAAAGCUGGUUGAAAGUGCAACUCAGCAACUCGUGUUGCUCAAAGAUGAGCUGAAAGAAAUGGAGUUAAGCGAAUACAUUUAUAUGGACAAACUGUUAAUUGCACGAAAAUUGACUCCAUACGAUUUGAUGAUUUGGAGAUCUCCGCAAUUUCUAUAUCGUCGUCCAUUAGACAUUCAAAAUAUUCUAUCAGAAAAUAAGCUUUACAUGAAUGAUCAAGAGAAAGAGCAAAGCGAUGCAUUAAGCUGGAGUAAAGUAAGCGAUGCAGUGGCGCUUAUACAAGCCCAUGAGCGAGCCCGAAGUGCUCGUGUUUACAAGUCGAAUAUCAAUUAUGAUAAGAAAUUCUUGGAGGUCAAGCAGAGAGCAAAGGUUAACUAUCGGUUUACCUUCAAGCCAAACCAGCCUAUGAGUAUUCCUGUUAAAAGAACUAUAUUCACAGCGGACUUCAUUAAAACUGACGAAUCUUGUAAAGAAUUACGAGAUAAAAUCGAUAAUUUAACAGGCCAUGUAACAGAAAAUAGUACGGACGAUUCGAAUGAAAUUCGCAAUCGAGCAGCGAGUUUAAUUCAAUCUUGGUGGAGAGCUUAUAAAACAAAAAAAAUUUAUAAAAUUAAAAAACAAUUUAAACGAGAGUUGUUGGGCAUACGAAAAAUACGACAACUAAAAAGACCAAACCAGUUUGCUAACUCGGUUCUUGAGAUGUAUAAAAAUGAACAGAAAAAAAAAAAACUUGACGAAGAAUUUAAACAACUUAUUAUGGACGAACGGACGCGAUUGCUUCAAGUUCGGAGCCCCUGGAUGAUGGAAGACAUUUCUGAUCAUAUUCGCGGUUGGUUUAAAGAAUUCUACACAGCAACUGAGAAUUUUCACCCGUACCCUGAUCCAGUUAAGAACGGAACUGUGUUGGUUGUCAUUGAUGAAACAAUGAGUAUAGGCGAUUUUCAGGAGAGUCUAACCAAAAAACCAUUGUCAAAGGAAGAAAAGCAAAAACUAAAAAGUAAAUUAAGAAUGGAAAAGAGGAAAAUUAAAGCGAAAAUUAAAAAUCAAAAAAUGAAAGAGGCUAAACGUAGAAAGAAGUUGAGAGAUUUAGGAAUAUUUGAUGUUGGUUAUACAUUAUCAACAAGCAAGCCAAUAGAAAACAUUGAAGAGACAAUGAAGCAAUUUGCAAUUGAUUGGCGAAACGUUGAUGAAUAUCUAAAUAAGAAUCACGAUCCAAUUAAAGCCUGGGUAACUGAGAAAGAAUUAGAUGUAAUACAUCACGAAUUGCGAGAAUUGGUAGACGAGUAUAUGCGUGUUGAAUAUGAACUGCUAAGAGAGGCUUUAGCUGCGGAUAAUAAUCAGCCCUAUAAAGCGUUAAAGGUAAAAAAGAAGAAGAAAAAGAAGGGCAGAAAGAAGAAAAAAGUUGUGGAUCCGACAGGAGAUAGAACACUCAGCUCAUUGUAUCACGAACUCAAGGAUGCAUCUGUAAUUGAGGAAAUUUCCCAUAAAGACUUCAACGAAUUCAUUGCUGACUUUAAUUUUAUUGCUGAUGAUACAAGAGAUGAAGACAAUUUGACAACUGUUGGCGCUGCAAAGGGAGAUAUUAAAAUGGUUGUUCAGGAAAGUAUGCUUGGAAUGAGCGAGUUUGAUAUAGACAAACCCAAAUCAAUUUUACUCGUUGGUCCACUCAAUAGUGGGAAAAAGUUGCUCUGCAAUAUAAUUGCAUCAGAGUUGGAUGCUGUUUUUAUAAAUCUUAGUCCAGAAAAAGUGUGCAAUUACUCGAAAGACAUGAACAUGUUCAUACAUAUUGUCAUGAAAGUAGCUCGAGAAUUUCAGCCAGCAAUAUUAUUUAUUGAAGAAGCUCAUCGGGUAUUUUAUAAAAAGGUUCCAUCGGAGGAAAAAUAUAUGUCACCAACACUACUCGCUCCGUAUAUUCAAAAGAAAAUCUUAAAGCCAAUUAAAAAGACUGAUAAAAUUGUACUUCUCGGUACAACAAGUUUACCUUGGCUGGCCAAGCCGCUCCUUAAGAAAACUUUCCAAAAAAUCUUACUUAUUCCGAAAUGCGACUAUGGUACUUGCUUUUUGCUUUGGUUGGAUUUGAUGACCGAAAAUGCACCAGAUGCUCUAGAGAACUACGCUUAUUCUGCAUUGGCAAAAAUUAUGAAAGCAUAUAAUUCUGGUGAUACAUCUAACAGUAUAGCUAAUACAUUGAGUGUGUCUCGAAAAAUGCGUCUCAAAGCUGAAGCAUUGAACCCAGAGGAAUUUUUGGAAUACUUCUUGACGGAAAUGGAUCCUCCACUUUUCCCACUGGAGGAUAAGAUAAUGGAUAAAUUCAAAAAAUGGUUUGGAGGCUCAAAUAAGUUCGAAAAGAUGAGAAGGGCUGCAAUGGCUUUGAAAAUGGCAAAGCAAAAAAAGAAAUAAUCUUUAUUUAAAACGAGUCAUUAUUUUAAA